AUGGCGUCGUCGUUCAUAUCGCAGAACUCCCUCCCCUCUGCCUCUCUCCCCGCUUCCCCCUCCCUCUGUCUGCCGCCCCUGUGCCGCCCGCCGUGCGCGCAGGUGCUGCUGCGCGUGCUGCGCGCGUACAUCCGCGACGCCGACGGCGCGGCGGCGUCCGACCUGAGCGUGUCGCUGUCGGGCGGCUCCCUCACGCUCCGCAACUUCGAGCUCAACCUGCCAGGUGCGCCGCUCAUGCAGCACAUGAGAAGAAUCCAGUCCGCACGGCCAGCGUUCCGCACCGCAGUCACUCCUCUCAUCUUGACAUGGAGCAUAUCCAACCCUUGUCGCAUCUUGCUCCUCCUCACUCCCUGCUACGCACAUCCCUGUGUGCGGCGAGUGGGGGUGCAUGAUCUGCACUUGACAUUCCCACCACACCGCCCCUCCCCUCCUCACUUCAGGCCCACAAAACCUUCCCUUCCGCCCCCUGCCCCCCCUCCUCCGCGCUUGCACCCACCACCAGUCCCCCCGCACGUGCGCGUGGCGGUGCGGCGCGCGUGGGUGAGCGAGCUGCGAGUCACCAUCCCGUGGGCCGCGUUGGGCUCUCAGCCCGUGGCCGUGGCGCUGCACGGCGUGCGCCUGCACGUGGAGGCAAGGGGAGAGGAGGGCGAUGGAGGGCAGGGGGCGGAGUGGGAGGAGAGGGUGUGGAGUGGAGGGAGUUGCGGUGGCAAGGGGGGCGACGAGGGUGCAAGGGAAAGUGGGGGGGGCGGUGGGUGGCAACAGGGGAUGGGGCGAGAAGAGGGUGAGCGGGGCGGUGGUGGGGGCGAGAGGGGGGCUGAUGGAGCAGGGAAGGAGGAGGAGGGCGGUGGGGGCAGCGACACGGACUCAGAGUCGCACUCGUCGCAGGGCAGCAGCAGCAGCGAGGCGGGGCAUGCGAGGGACGAGUUGGCGGAGCUGCUGGCGCUGGGGGGGCUGCGGGCGUUCCUGCAGCACACAGUGGUCAACGCGAGUGUGACUGUAACGGACGUGCACCUCCAGUACUCCACGCCCUCUGUUGUGCUGUCGCUGCGCUGCGAUAAGCUCCUCCUCCACUCCACUGCACCUGACUGGACCCCUGCCUUUGUGCCACCAGAGGAAGGCGUGAGGAAGGUUCUGGAGGUUACUGGCCUGUCGGUGGAUGUCGCAAGUACAUCCAGCCAAUCACACACCGCCACGUGUCAGGCCAGCCAAGUGCCGCUCCUCUCCGCUGUGUCCCUCACUUCCCGCAUCGCCGUCACCCCGCCCUGUGCGGCUCUUGCCCAGCCCCAGCGCGCCUGCCUCUCCCUGCGCCUGCUGCCCCUCGCCCUCUCCGCCUCGCCCUCCCACCUCGCUGCUCUGCUCAGCGUCGCACACUCAUGCCGGCAGGCAUGGGGGGAAGGCACAGGCCCACAGGAAGCAGGGGCGGAGGGAGCGGGGGAAGCGGUUGGAGGGGGCGUGGAAGAGAAGGAGAGUGGAACGGAGGAGGGAGGCGCGCAUGGCGAUGGCAGAGGCGGCAGCGGGGAUGCGAUGGGUGGGACGAGAGAAGCAGUUAAGAAUCUUCUGGUAUCAGUGAGCGAGGAGGGAGAAAAGGCAGCAGAGGAGAUGGCGGGUGGAAUGAUGGAUGGGCGGCAACAAGAAGGGCAGCAGAGGGGGCAGCAGCGGGGCCAGCAAGGGGGGCAGCAGAAGCGGGGGUUGUUUCACAGCAUGGGGCGCGCCAUGGGGUGGGUGCAGCAGCUGUUUGAGGACGAGGAGGAGGAGGAGGAGAGCAGCAGCGGCGCUGCCAUGGCAGCCACGGGGCACAGUGCGCUGUCAUUGAGAGCUGCUGCAGAAGCAGCAGCAGCAGCAACGGGUGGCGGCUUGGAGAGUGAUGAGAUCUGGGAGUGGGCCACGGGGUACGAGGCAGGUGUGCACUUUGACGUGGCAGCCACUGAUUGGUCCGUGGCUGCGCUGCUAGAGGGUGCUGAGCUGUCCCUUGUGAGCAGCGCGGGCGGCAGCGGGGCUGGCAGUGGCGGUGUGUGUUCGCGCCGGGAAGGCGAUGCUGCGAGGCUCAGAGCAGAGGAACGCCACGAGGCAGCUGCGCCGCCAAGCCUAAACACGGGCCUUGCCAGCCCAGCCUGCCAUCCGGAGCUGGAGUGCAGGCUCGGGGCCGUGCUGGUGGAGGCGGAGGGGCGGGGCAGGGCGGUGCAGGCAGCGAGUGUGAAGGUGGGCGCCGUGGCGGUGGCUGUGGCUGUGGCAGUGCCAGGAAGCAGCUCUUCAGGUGCCUCUUCAGGUGCCAAGGUCAACGCAGGUGAUUCCUCAGGUGAUUCAGAUCCGAGUGCAGCAGCAGAGCCGUCUCCUCUCCGUCCUUUUCUCCGCCUGCACACGCGGCAGCAGGCAGGCGAGGCAGGGGCGGCAGCAGCGGGGGGGCGAGGGGAGGGCGCAGUGGGGUCGUAUGGGAGCCUGCAGGCGCCGCUGCUGCACUCCCUCGCCCCCCUGGGUGCCGUGCUGCCCGCACACCCUGUUGCAGGGGCGGAACGACGGGUGGGUGCGGGCGGGGUGGGAAGGAGAGGGGCAGCAGAAGAUAGCGGGGCUAGUGGAGGAGGGAAACGAGGUGAGGAGGGAGAGGGGUUGGGGGGUUGUGAGGAGGGGUGGAGUGUGGAGGGAGUGUGGUGGCGUGGGGUGCGAGUGGCAGAGGCGUUUGAAGCCUCGCACGCUGGCGGGCCUCUGGGACUCACUGCUGACGUCAGCCUCUCCUUGCACAUGGGUCUCGUGGCAGUCUCCUACUGGCCGGGCAUGUGCAGCACAGUGCUGCGGUGGUGGCAGGACGUGCACACAUGCGGGGCUGGUGGAGUGGGGGAAGUGGGAGGGGCUGUGAGAGGGGAGGGGCGGGUUACGCAAGACGAGCCCAAUGCCCCACCCACUGCCUCCUCACCGCCGCUCGCCGCGCCUCCAUGGUCCCCAGGCGGUGGUGGGUGGUGGCAGUGGGUGGCGCGGGUGAGCAGCUCCGAGGUGGCUGUGGACGGCGUGGCUGUGCGCGUGGCUGGUGGCCGUGGGGGGGCCAGCUGCAGCUGCGAGCAGACACAACUGCAGGAGCGGCAGGAGCAGUGUGCGGAGGACCUGCGUGCGGAGAGGGAAGCUGGGUGGAUGGGCAAGGCGAGUGAGCGUGCGGGCGAGGGUGUGAGUGUGAGCACGGGGCGAGUGGCGGUGUGGAAGAGACCAGCGAGAUGGGUGGGGGAGGAUGGCAGGGCAUGCGAGGGCAGCAGGGCGCGGGUGACAGUGACGCUGCACGCACACAUGCACUCGCUGGACCACGCCCAGCUGUGCGCCGCCACGCUGCUGCACCCUGCCUCUCUCCGCAUUGACUGCACAUGGGCUGCUGCUGCUGCCCCCUUGCCACAUCGCUCCUUACCACCAGCAGCACCGUCAGGACUGGCAGGAGUGGCAGCAGCAGCGCCCGCAACUGUAAUGGGAUGGCCAGCAGUGGCAGUGGCCUUGCCACACGGGCCGGCAUCGGGUGGUGAUGGGGCUCCACACAGUGGGGGCGGAUGCUCUGUGAGCGGGGAGGGGGGCGGGCAGCAUGGAGGGGGGCAGGAGUGCGAGGGUGCGGUGGAAGCCACUGUGGAUGCCUUCUCUCUUCAUGUCUCUCGCACCCACGCUGCUUCCUUGCUCGCCAUGGCUGCUGCCGCGCUCACAGACGUGAGCUGCAGUGGGGGUGGCGCUGGUGCUGCCACGGCAUCACUGGCGGAGCCACAAGGCACAGGCGCAAGAGAGCAGGCAGCCUCCCCCGCGGCAGCCGUGCCAGCCAGCACGCUGCGGGGCCUGGCUAAGCACGCACGUGUUCUGGAGGCUGCUGCUGACGUCAUGUCGAGAUGGAGCCACCACCACGUGCCAUGCUCAACAUCGUCAUCAUCAUCAUCAGCAGCAGAGCCCCCCCGCGACUCUCCCUGGUGCUGCCAGCACGUGCAGCAGCAGGUGGGGGCGUUCUGCCAUGUGCGGGCGUGCGGUGUGGCGCUGGCAGUGGGGUGGCGCAGCGGCCGCUCACAGCCCGCCAGCCCCACACAGCGAGAGGCGUGGCUGCCGCAUGCGGUGCUGCGAGGGCAGGCGCAUGGACGGCACACGUGGCUGAAGCUGUCCGUUGAGUCUCUAUCGGUGGAGGCACUGCAUGCACUCAGUGCUUCUCAUCCUAUUUGCGUCUCUCUCAUCCUCCACCCAUCCCUCACAUCCCCACCCCCUCCUCUCUGCCGCGCUCCGCCCAGCCUCUCCCUACAGCCGUCGCCCCCCGCCUCAGCAGCCCUAUCCGCGUCCUUCCACUCAUCCACGGGUCCACACCCGCCCAUGCGCCCUGCCACAUUGCCACCAGCCACUCACGCUGCAGCGCCGCAGCAUGGCCUCCCAGGCCCCAGCGCUGCUGCAAGUAGUGCUGACGUCACGCUGCACUUGGGUGACGUCAUGCUGGUGGUAUGGGCGGAUCCUCUUGUGCAUCUGUACGCGCUGCUGGCUGCUGGCAGUGCGGUGAGAGCGCAGGAGGAGGUGGAGAGCGGUGCAGGCAGGUGGGAUGGAGAGGGGCGAGGAGAAGCAGGGGCGAACGGGGAGGUUGGAGCAGACAGGAGAGGUGGAGGGGGACAGGGAGGAGGAGGAAGUGAAGAGGUUGCAGGCGGGGGAGUGGCGGCAGCAGCGCAGGUCACAGCAGGCGUGGGCGUGGUGCAGGCAGCGGUGCAGCGCGGCAGUGUGAGCUUCGUGGCAGGCCCUUGCAGGGCUCAGAGGGGCCACAGCAGAGGCAGCACGCACAGUGGAGGGGGUUGCAGUGGGGGUCAAGGGGGAGGCGUUGGGGCGAGGGGGAAGGGUAUGGGAGGGCAUGGCGUGUGGGUGGCAGUGGGGCGGGCGGGCGUGAGAGGGGUGUCUGUGUGCGUGAAUGAGGGGCGCGGUGGCAGCGCUGCAGGGGGGAUGGCGGCGCGCAGGGGUGAGGAGGAGUCCCCUUUGCUGUGUGUGCAGCGGGUGUGGGUGGAUCUGGGCUCGGCGUGCCUGCCCUGCUCGCCUGCCCCCACGCCCCUUGCCACGCUAGAGGAGAGCGACGGCACUGCAGGGAGCACACACACGGACACGUGGCUGCGUGCGAUUGGCUCAGAGGCCCUGGCUGCACUGGUGCAGGUGGAGGGAGUGACGGUGGGGGGUUUGGGGAAGGCAGGGCCGUGCGAGCAGGUGGUGCAGGAAGAAGGAAGGCAGCAGCGAUGCCAGCAUGAGCAGGGGCAGCAGUGUGAGUGCAGUGAGCACACUGGAGGGCCAUGCGAUGAGAGUCGGCCUCUUGACCUGCUGGUGGGUGCUCCCCGCCUCCCUUUCCCGCAAUUCCUCCCCUCACAUCUCCCCAAGCCCCUCGUUUCCUCCUCUCACAUCUCCCCAAGCCCCUCGUUUCCUCCCCUCACAUCUCCCCAAGCCCCUCGUUUCCUCCCCUCACAUCUCCCCAAGCCCCUCGUUUCCUCCCCUCACAUCUCCCCAAGCCCCUCGUUUCCUCCCCUCACAUCUCCCCAAGCCCCUCGUUUCCUCCCCUCACAUCUCCCCAAGCCCCUCGUGGAGCGGGUGGGCGUCACUGUCUCACGCCACCAGGUCGACACCCUCCUGCUGCUGCACCGCCACCUCACUGCCUCCCUGCUGCGUCCACCUGCCACCACUGCUGCUUCCACCCAGCAAGGCAGCCAGGGCAGGCAGGGCAGCACAGAGAAGGGCAACAGAAGCAGCAGCAGCAGCCGCAGCAGCAAGUACGGCAGUGGUGCCAGGGGUGCAGUGACACGUGUCAGCAUGCGAGUGGUGGAGUGCACUGCAUCUGUGCCACUGUGGGCGGAAGCCAGCCCCCCGGCAGUCAGCAGCGCCUUUCACGGCGCCCACUCGGCCCAGAGUGCCGCCUCACACGUCCAUGCCACCAUCUCCCACUGCUGCCUGUCUGCCUCCUGUCACCCCCCUCCUGUCGCCCUCAGCCCUGGUUGUUCCUCUGGUGCAGCAGCACCACCGCCGGUGGUGCAUGGCAGCGUGGGGCGAGUGGCAGUGGAGGCGGUGAGGGAGGGCAGGCGCCAUGCAGGAGCACCCGGAACGACAGGGCUUGCCCCCGCAGGGUCGGCGGAGCGGCGCUUCACUCUGCUCGCCCUGCCGCAUGCUUCCCUCUCACCGUCUUCCUCCCCCGCCCCUCACCACCCCUCCUACACUCCUCCUCGUGGCUACUCCCCUGCAGCAGCACACCCGCCUAGUGUGCCCCCCAGGCAGCCCUCAGAGCCCCGCUGCCCUGGUCACCCUGCCAGCCCUCCUGCUGCUGCGGCAGGCGCCGCUGCAGGCAUGACGUGGAGAGUGGUGGAGGAGGAGAGGCCGUGUGGUGGGGGCACAGGGGGAACGGGACGCAGGGCGCAGGGCGAGGUGGGGGAGGGCAGGGGGGAGCAGUGGGGGCGGUGGUGGGUGGAGGUGGAGGCGCAGCCCAUGGUGGUGGCGGCUGACGCCCACCUCGUGCAGGAGGUCAUCGCCACGCUGUACGACGUCCUCCCGCGCCUGCGCGCUCCCCCGCCACCACCACAGCAAUCGUCUGCGCGGCACACAGGGAGAGGCGCUGCUGCCUGCUCCUCCGCCACCCACCAUCCGGCAGGCAUGCCCCCCAAACACGCAGCCCCUGGGGGGGAAAAGGGCAGUGCCGCACCGCCCGGAGGGCCUCUGCCAGUGGCCCGGCUGUGGGGCGUGAAGGUGGCGAGUGGAGGCGCGCUCAUCUCGCUGCUCUCAUCCUUCGAAGCGUUUCAAGCAACGCAAGGGUGUGAAGGGUCACCCACCCCUGACAGUGACACUCCCCACGCCCACAAGCCGUGCCCAUCCUCCCCUCCGCCCGCCUCUGUGUCGUCCCCCUCAGCGCUGUCCCGCCUGCCCCGCCUCUCCAUCUCCUCCCACUUCGUCGCUCACGAUGGUGACCCCCAACCCCACCCACCGUGGCAGGGGGACGCGCAGCAGCAGGGCGAGCAGCAGCAGAGAGAGCAGCCAGGGGAGCAGAAGGAGAGGGAGGGUGUGGCGGGGGGGGCAGGCGUGUCAGUGGAGUUGGAGAGCUGCACGCUCACUCUCUCCCUCUCGCCCUCACUGCAUGACAUCCGCCGAUUCGCAGGCACCCACGACGCCUCCUGCCCGGGCCGCAUCAUCCUCCCGCACACACCACCCACCACGCACUCCUCCUCACACCCCCCUUCGCACCGCCCCCCGCCGCCCUUCCUCAUCCCCACGGUCAACCUGCAGUGGGCCCACACGGGCGUGCGUGUGCUCAGCACGGACCUCCUCUCCAGCCCCACGCUGCUCUCACACGCCCACUCCACCGCACUGCACCUCACAGCGCUCGGCACCCCCUUCCCCCUGCGCCUCACCAUACACACUGACUUCGCCUCGCCCAUCCUCUGCCCCAAGGUGCUGCUGCCGCUGAUCCGCCUUGCCAGGUCACUGCGGGAUGCGUGGGCGGCAGCGAGGGCCGUGCGCCUGGCGCAUGAGGUGCAGGCGGGCUGUGCGGUGCAGGGUGCGCCCAGUGACGACCUGCGCAGCGGGGCGUUUCAGUGCAGCACGGCGGGGGGGAUGCUGCAGGGGGGAGUGGCGGGGUGGGAGGAGAUGGGGGCGGGGCAGGUGGCGUGGGGCGAGGGCGUGGCCAGCAGAGACAGGCCGCUCAGCAACAGCUGCUUCGGAGGAGGCUGGGUCGCAUGGCGCUACCCCUACCCGCGUGCAGUGCACCAGCUGCUCAUCACGGCACCUCUCCUCGCCGGUCCCCUGGCCUGGCGGCUGCCCCCCGUGGCGCUGCGCCUCGCCCGCUUCCACCCCGCCCACCUUGCCUUCCACGACGCCCUCCCCAUCGUGCUCUGCCCGCCCUCCCCCUCGCCCUGCGCCCUGCACGCCGCUCACGCCACCUACCCUGCGUGCCCCGCAUGCCGCCCCAUAGUGCUGGAGCCGGAGGGGGCGGAGGGGGAGGGCGAGGCGGAGCUGUGGCUUCUCUCGUGGUUCGUGCCGCUCAACCCCGCUGACGUCAUGCACCCCUCCGCACCCGCAGGUCACCACCGCCCUCACUCUGCCAUGCACACACCCACCCGACCCGCAGAUGAUGCCACCUCCUCUGUGCCUCCGUGUGCCCCCUCUGCCUCGCUGGCCGGCGCGCUCUCUCUACUCUCCACGGUGUACGGCUCGCCCGCUGCAGCCACCAUCACUGCCGCCGCCACUGCUGCUGCCGCCUCCGCCCACGCCCCUACCACCCAGGGCAUGCCGCGCGCCUUCCCUGCCCAGCCCGCGGGCCCCAUGCUGUCCGCCCCCCUGGACACGCACGUGCUGCCCGCCUCGCUGCUGCUCGCCCGCCUGCUCAUCAACCCCACCAGCGCCGGCCCCCACACGCGCCCACGCCUGCCCUCGCCGCCCCUCGUGCCGUUCCUGCGCAUCGGGUUGGGCGGGCGGCUGGUGGUGGUGCGUGUGGUGGAGGAUAUGGAUGCGGACGAGGGGCGGACGAGGGAGGCGGUGGUGGUGGGCGGGGAGGGCGUGCGCGUGUGCGUGCACCUGUGGAGCACGCGCAUGUGGGCGCUGCACGCUGCUGCCACCGUGUGCGCCGAUGCCGUCGAUGCCAGCGACCUCUCUCAGCCCCUCCCCCUGCGCGCCUCACUGGACGUGCUGUGGAAGCCCUUCUGGUCGCCCGCUCUGCUCUCCCGCCACCAACGCCACCCCCCCCGCUCCUCCCUCUUCUCCCCUCCCCACCCCGCCUCACCCCUUCGCCAGCCCUCCUCUCCCACUCACGCCCACUCCUCCCACUCUUCCCACUCGUCCCCCUCCGCGCCCUCCUCGCGCCGUGCCCCGUGGGUGCCGCGCGACCCCUUGGACCUGCACACGCCACCGUCCUCGCUGGGCAUGGCGGUGGCCGUGCAGGCAGGGGGGCAUGCGUGGGACAGCUCAAGGGGGGGUGGGCGAGGCAAGGCUGGAGGCGGUGGCAGGGGCUGUGUCGCAGGCGGCAGUGGCAGCAAGGGGGGCAGCAGUGGGGGUGGGGGCGAGGGGGGCGAGGAGCAUGGGGCGACGGUGCAUGUGAGGGUGGCGUCCCUGAGAGCGCUGCAGCGCCUGCUGCUCGCAUGGACGGGACAGGGGGGACAGGCAGGCACCGGGCAGGGCGAGAUGGGCGGAUGUGAGGGGGGGUUGGGGGAAGCAGGGAAGAGGAGAGAGGAAAGGGGUGAGGUUCAGCAGGAGGAGAUGAAGGGAAAUGGGAGAGUGCAAGAGAGUGAGGAGAAGGGGUUGGCUUCGGGGACGAGUGAGGCGGAUGAGGGUGGUGCAGCAGAGGCGGGCGAAGGGGCGGUGAAGGAAAGCCCAAGAGGACUGCCAUCACAGGCGUCAUUCUCUCCCCCUCUCCUCGCAUCCCCAUCCCCCCCUCUGUUCGGGUACAUGUUGGAGAACAGAUGCCCCGUGUUGCUCCAGCUGGGCCAGCACGGCACACAAGAGGCCAUCUCCCUGCCGCCCGCCUGCUCACUAGGCUACAGCUGGUGCCGCCCACCCUCGCUUGUGCCAGGGGCCAUGUGCCAGCUGCGUGCGCGCGUCGGCCAAUGGGAGGGAAAGGGGCGGGGAGAUGGAAUAGAGGGGCGAGGAGAUGGGGCACAAGGGGCAGAGAGGAGUGAUGAAAAGUGUGUGAGGGGAGGGAAAGAAGGAACGGGGUGGGAGGGGGUGAGCGUAGGAGGCGAUAGAUGGAGUGAGCAGCACGCACGUGGAGCAGCUGAAAAGGAUGACAUGGCACAUGGUGAUUGGUCUGCGCCAUUUGAGGUGGGCACAGGGGGGCGACACUCGUUCCUACUCGCUGCUCCUGUGCUCCAAGACCGCCACCUCACUGCCUCCGUUUUAAUCACCAUCACUCCCAAACGUGGCUGCUUGGCACACGUGCUCUUCACACCGAAUGUGCUUAUAUCGAAUCAGACGGGCCAGGGAUUGGCAGUGGAGAUGCAGGGCGUUGUGCUGCCAGUGGGGGGCAGCAGCAGAGGGGAGGGCGAAGCAUGCAGAUUGCAGGUAGAGGGGCGUAGGAAGGGUGGCAGGGGGCAUGUGAGCCAUGUGAUGGUGGCAGGGAGGAGGGGCGGUGGCAAGGAGGGCAUGGGAGGGGAUGUACUGGUGAAUGGGGGCAAGGAGUCAGAGGGCGUGGAGGUGCGGGGAGCGAAGGAGGGGGCCAUGGAGGCAGCAGAGGAGAGAGACGAGUCGUUGCCUCAGAGGGGCACGGGCGCUGGCAGGGCAGGCAGGGCAGCUGUGGUGGUGCGCGUGUGGCUGGCACGGGAGGCGCGCUGGUCCGCCCCCCUUGCUGUUGGCCCCCACUGCCUUGGCCUGCCCUCUGGGAGCCACACAGAGAUGGGGCUGGGGGGAACGGCGGGCGGGAGAGGAGGGAGAGAGGUGGCGUGGGGAAAGGCGGCAGUGGAGAGUGGACGACCAGCAACAGCAGUGGACGGCAGUGAUGGCAGUGAUGGCCGCCUGCUCACAUUCCUGCUCACUGCUGAUGCCUGUGUUCCUGUCUCAGGGCCGCCCUUCCCGCCGCCGCCACACGGGCGAGAGAGCGUGUGGGUGCGCCUCAUACUGCCCUCCUCCAUCCUCCCCCUCCCAGCCCCCCCUUCCUCCUCCUCACUCCCCACCGUGCCUGCCAGCAGCACCCCUGACCCCCUGUGCCGCUGGCAGGGUCCCCUGUGUGUGCAGCUCUGGCCUGCCGCCCUCCUCUGCAACGCCCUGCCGCUGCCCCUCCGCGCGCGCAUUCUGCCACUUCAGGGCGCGCCCACCACGAGAUGUAACGAGGGCGGGCACGAGAGGUUGAAGGAAGGGAAUUGUCAAGAGCAGCAGCAGCAGGAGCGGGACAGAGGGGCGGCGGAGGAGGUGGCAGUGGGGACAGCAGAGGAGGUGGCUCUGGGCGGCGGCAUGUGGGGAGAGUGUGCUUUGGAGCUCGCACUGCCGCGCACUCCCCCCACCACUGCUGCAGCACACACGCCAACCAGCCAUGGCGCCACUGGCACCUGGAGUGCUGCUGCCUCGCUCCACCCACACGCACAUCCCUCUGCUCAAGCCGCCCUGUGGACCGCACCCCUUGCGCUCUCCCUUGCCGCCCCGGACCAGCAAGCAGCCACUGUCUCUGCCAGCUGGGGUGACAUCACUGAUUGGUCUGCAGGCAAUGCUGAUGUGGCGCGUUGGGAUUCGCCGAUUCCAGCUGUAGGGCAGCGGCGUGCCAUGUGGCUUCCACAGGCGGAUAGCGAGAGUCUCCUCUGUGUGCUUGCAGCAUCACACUAUCGCCCCUCUCACCACCCAUGUGCUCACGCUGCCGCUGCCGCCACUGCUCUGCCCGCUGAUGCACCCCUGCCACCGCCCGUGCCCACGCUGCUGCUCUCAGUGCACCCGGUGGCAGUGCUGCACAACCACCUGCCCUUCCCCCUCGCCCUCGCCCUGCACCACGCCCCCUGCCCUGACCUCAUCAUCCCCCCCUCCCACUCCCGCCCCUUCGCCUGGCCCUCUCUCUCCCACGCCCUCCUCUCCCCCUCCCUCUCCUCUACGCCAUCCGCAUUCUCCCCUGGUUCCUCUGCUGCCGCCUCCUCUCUUUCCACACCCACUACUGCAUCUGGCCCGGGUGCCAAGCCUAGGAGGCAGGCUCGGGGGUGGUCGGUGCGGCUUGGGGUGCCUGGAGGGUUGGAGGCAUCCAUGGGUAGCAGCGGUGGGGGGAUGGGGAGCGGAGGUGGGGGGGAGGGGGAGCCAAGGGGAUGGGCGUGGUCGUCUACAGUGCUGGUGCGGGGUGAGGAGGAGGCGGAGGGAGAGAGGUCAGGGGGCGGGGGCAGCAGUGAGCGGGUGUCCAUCGUGACGCUCAGCUCUCACGGCCCCUCACACCUGCACUGCCUGCUCUCCGUCUCCCACGUCCCCCUCCCAUCAUCCCAUCCGCCUUCGGCUCCCACCCCCACGUCUCCCUCUCAGCUUGUCUGCCCUCUCCCCGUGCACACCACGCACCUCUCCGUGCUGCCCGCCGCCCUGCUCUCCAACCUCACACCCUUCCCCCUCCACUUCCUACUUGAUGAUCCGCCCCCUGCCCCUCUCCCUGCCCUGCACCCAUCCUCGCUGCACCACGCCCCUCCCAGCCUGCCUGCCUCGGCUGGCCUGUGCCUCCCUGGUGCCACCUGCCUGCCCCUCACGCUCUUCCCCUGGCGGCCGCUCCUCGCCUCCUCGCCCUCUCUGCCUGACUCCUCUUCCAGCAGCAGCAGCAGCGGCAGCAGUGAGAGUGACAGUGAGAGGGACAGCGUUGAGAGUGAUGGUGACAUGGGUGGUGGUGGGAGUGGUGCCGCAUUGAAGCCGCGACCGAAGCAGAAGGUGAGGCGGAGGAAGGGGAAGGCAAGAGGCGAAGGAGUGAGAGGCGCGGAGGACGGGUGGGAUAGGGGGCUGGCGGCGCUGGGAGGAGUGCGCCUGGGCAUGGCGGCACGUGCAAGGCAGCAGGGGGCAGCAGCAGCAGCAGCAGCAGCAACUGCAGCAGCGUGUGCCAAUGAGCAGCACUACCAGCACGACCAGCGCGACCAGCACGACCAGCACGACCAGCACCCACAUGACGAAUCUUCUCUGCCUGUUCGCCCCUCCCCCUCAUGCCCACUCGUCUGGUCGCCCCCCGUGCCUCUCUCCCGCUUCGCUGUCUCACAGCGGCUUCUCCUCCCCGACCCGUCUGGCACCUGCCACGCCGCCCUCCUCACCGCCUCGCUCCUUCCCUCCGCCCGCCAAUCAGAGGGUGCCACAUGGCAGCCGCACCUAGUGGUGCACGUGGAUGCACAGCCGCCGUGGCGCAUUGAGAACGGGACGGGCAUGUGUGUGGACGUGAGGGGGGCGGCUGAUGAGGCGGAGGCCUUCGUAGCGCGAGUGGGGGCGGGGCGGUCCCUUGCCUUCCAUGCUGCCGCCCUUCCUCUCCACACCCCCUCGUCCUCUGCUGCCUCUGCUGCUGGUGGUGCUACUGGCAAUGACGGUACAGCUGAUGCAAGUCGUGGUGAUGGGAGUGGCAAUGAGGCCAGCGAGGGAUGGCGUGAGGGGUAUGAGUGGAUGCAGGCAGGGGUGGUGGGGGGGAUGGCCAUCAAGAAGCGCAAGUGGCAGCGCCGCUCUCAGCACCACCACAAGCACACACAUGCACAUACGCGUCCACUGAUACCCGGUGCAUUGAACCUGGACGAGGAGACGGACGAUGCCCUCAUGGCCCACAUUCAGCGCAUCUCAGCCGAUGGGCCCAUGGCGCAGGGGAGUACAGGCGGGCGAGCAGCAGCAGGGGGCAUCUGUGUGCGGGCAGAGGGGGCGGGGGAGUGGAGCGAGCCCAUCACAGUGGGGCGAGGGCGGGGGGAAAGGGAGGGCGAGGGGGAGCUGCUGCUGCACGUGCCGUGUGGGGGCAGCAGCGGGGCGGUGGAGGGCGGGGGGCACUCGCUGCUGCUGCACGUGUGUGUGUGGAGGGAGGGCGCCACCACUGUGUGCCGCAUCGCCCAUGCCGCCUCUCGCCCUUCCAGCCCCCUCGCUCUGUGCUUGCCUGGCCGCCACUUACCCCCUGCCAUGGCGCCUCUGCCCCCUGCUGCUCUGCACAUGGGUCUGCAGCGAGAACUCAGAUACUCCAAGGACAUACGGCGUGACUUACCGCAGCAGCAGCAGCAGCAGCAGCAGGGUGCGUUUGCUCCCAGCCAGGCGCAACUUGCAAACCUGACCGCACGAACAUAUUCCCCGUCACGCCCAUUUCACUCGCCCUCCUCCCCACCUUCCCUUGCAUCCCCCAACUCCCCCGCCUCCCCGUCCACCCCUCUCACUCCCCCCACGCCUCACCCCACCGCCUACCUCCUCCUGCGCUCGCACACGCUCUCCCUCGCCCUUCCUUCACUCCACCUCGUCCUCUGGGACGACCUGCGCCGCCCUCCCUCCGAGCCACACCUGCUCGGGAACAAGACAAACGAUGCUAGUCGGAGAGACAAUAAUGAGAGCGACAGUAAUGGGAGUGAUAGUCUGUUCUGUGACGCAUCAGCCAUCUGCCUAGUGUCCCUCUCCUCCCUGCACGCCUCGCUCUCCCUGCUCCCGCCUCGCUCCCUUUCCCUGCUCGGUAUUCGGGCUCACAGCGGAGCAGCCAGUCACAGCAUGCCACGUGGCAUGCACACACAUCCCUUACCACCAGCGCCAGCAGCGGUGGGCAUGGUGUACGUGGUGCAGUGCGGUGUGGGGUCGGUGCAGGUGCACAACCUGUUGCCUGGCGCGCUCCUCCCUCUCCUCCUCAACAUCGGCUCUUCCUCUCCCACCCACACGCCUGGCUCAGCUGCUGGUGGGAAGGUUGAGGCGGGAGGUAGAGGAGACAAGGAAACAGGAAGGGUUAGACAAGUGGAAGGCGAAGGAGAGGAGCACAAGGCAGCAGCAGGGCAUGGGAAGGAGAGGGGGGAGGAAGGGCAGCCAGCAGUGCAGGUGGAGAUCGUGUUGUCGCAGCACCCCUCGCAGCACCUGACUGGGGGAUGGAGGACGGGAGAUGUGAGCGGGGAGGGCAACCAGGGAGUGGAGCGGGUGAGCUAUGUGACGGGUGUGGAGGCGGUGCAUGUGAGCGUGGCGCACGUGGAGGCAUGCGCUGAUGACUGCCUGCUCUCCGCCCUCACGCACUACACACCCAUCGCCGUCGCCUUCAUGCAGAGCAGCAGCCAAUCAGAUGGUGCCACGUGGCAGACGCACAUGCAAGGAACAGACAGUGAAAGCCGAUCAGGUGUGCAAGCCAGCACACCAGGCUCCCCAGCCACGCACUCCAUCCUGCCCUCCUCGCUGCCCUCAUCAGAUGCGGCCCUCAUCCACCUCUUCACCCUGCACCACCUGCUCUCCACCCCUCCCCCCCGCCUCCCAGACAUCGGCCUCGCCACCACUCCCUCGCUCUACCUCGGCCGCUGCCGCAUCUCCCCCCUCACUCUCUCCCUCACUCUCCGCAUCUCCUCUCCCCUCCCUCUCGACACCACCGCCACACCGCUCACGCUCGCGCCGCUCCAUCUUCCGUCUCUCCUCUGCCCGCGUGCGGCCCUGAUGCGCGCGGUGCUAGCGCACUACAUAACGGAGGGGCUGCUGUGUGUGCCGCGGGUCAUCGCCUCACACCACCUGCUGCUCAACCCACUCGGGCUGCUCCACAGCGUGCGCGCCGCGUGCCGCGACCUGCUGCUGCUGCCCGUGCAGGGCUCGCUGCACGCGGGGCCGCACGGGCUGCUGGUGGGCGUGGGGCGCGGCGGGCUGGCAGCGUGGCGCCACGUGUCGCAGUGGACCGUGGCGUCGCUCUCUGGCUUCUCCUCCAGCGUUGGGAGGCUUGUAAGGCGCGCGUACCUUGGAGGAGGAGGGGGGGAAAAGGGAGGGGGAAGCCAAGGCCGGGUAGGGGAGACGGGGCAUAGAAGCAGCAGUGGUGGUGCACAUGGGAACAGAAGAGGUGCGGCUGGUGGUAGUGGUCAUCAGUGCGUGACAGAUGGUGGUGCUGCUGCUGCUACGGGCAGCAGUGGCGGAGGCAGAGGCGGUGGGGGAGUGCAUGGCAGCAUGGGGCUGGCUCGGACAGAAAGCACUUAUCAAGGCACAGGCAGGUGGGGCCACAGCGAGAGUGGUGGCGGGGAGGAGGAGAGGCGGCAGCACGGGCAGGCUGCAGCGCAGCAUACGACGGGGUCCACGGGGCCUUGUUCUGUUGGCAGUGCGACAGGUACACGUGGUGCAGUGGCGGAGGGGGAAGCAGCGCCUCUUGCUGCGCAGGGCAGCGAAGACCAUGGUGGCAUGCCUGCCACCUGCAGUGGGGAGGCGGGCAGCAUGGGGGGCAGCAGGGAUGGCAGUGCUGCUGGCAGGGAGGGGCGAUGCAGGGAGGGCGAGGGGCGGCAGGUGUCGCUGGUGUGGCAAGUGCAGCAGAGGGGCGUACGCUGUGCUGCCAGCCGCUUCAUGCCCCCCCUGUGGCCACCGCGCCCCCAAGCCUUCUACCUCACGCACGUGGACGCCAGCACAGCAGUCAUCACCACCACCACCACCCACAUCCCUCCUCUGCUGCUCCGCCGCCCGUUGCUCCUCCUCACUUCCACCCACCUCCUCGCCGUUGACCAAUCAGGGCUCGGCAUGGCUGCAUGCCUCCCGCUGUGUGGGCUGGAAGUGAGUGUGGAGCGAGGGGAGGAGGGGGGAGGGGAGGAGGGGGGAGGGGAGGAACUGGAAAGGGGAGGGGGGAAAGGAGAGGUGGAAGAGGGAGGGAGUGCAGAGGGGGCCGAGGUGGAAUGGUCGCUGAUGUGCUUCUGUGGCAGGGGUGGUCGGCUGUGUGGCAGUGUGAGUGAGUGGUGGCACACACUGCCACACCACCCCACCCAGGGAAAGCCCACUGGCGCUCUGGAUGGUGGCAGCGGUGAGAGGCGAGGGCGUGACAAGGGUAGUAGCACGGCACAGGGUGUGGUAGGUGGGAGAGGCGGAGGCGGGGAGGCAGACGCUGUGAGAACAGCGGAGGUGCAAGGGGGAGCGGAGGUGCAAGGGGGAGCGGAGCACGCAGACUCGAUGAUAGGCGUGCAGGUGUACUGCCAGGUGGGAGAAGCAGCGCACAUCCAGCUCGUGCCUCUGCUGCUCACACAGGUGGCUCGCUCUGCUCCCCCUUGA